AUGAGUUCAAGAUCUGGUCCUAUUUUCGUUUAUAAGACCGCGUACAUCUCCUGCAUCCACAACAGCCAGUCAAGUAUCCCCGAUUCUAUAGCUUUGACUGGUAGUCAGUACUACGCGUACCUCAUCGCAAUGACCAACGAAGCCCUCAAAUCACACUACCUCGCCUACAUCGCCGCAAUCAGAGCCCACACAACAGACGGGUCCUGGUCACUUGAGCCCUAUGUCGCCGACCAAGUGCUGCUUAACGGGCAACAAAUGACACGCGCUGACUACGAAACCAUGAUGGUUCGAAACACAUACGCGGAUGUCCCCGACCUACAAAUUAACGUGCUUUCCGUGCUCGCGUCCGAAACAGAGGUUGCGGCGCGUCUCCAAUUCGUGGGCUCGCCCGUGAGGCAGUUCCUGGGCUGGACACCCAAGGAGGCUGGCGGAGGGGAGAGGGUGUCGUUCGCGGACAAUUGUUUUUAUCGGUUUGAAGGAGGGAAGAUCAAGGAGAUCCACAGUAUUAUUGAUCCACCGAAGCCCCUGUAA